UCGACCGUAAGCUACCGCAGCGCGCACUGAAGAAAUUUCCAAAUAUGAUGGGUAAAGGUCAAGGAUCGAUGCUCGCCGCCCUCCUGCUGCUGUUGUGCGGCUGCACGGCUCCGGCUGCUGCCAAUCUGAACAUGAGUGCCCUCUGCCUGAUGGUCCCCGACGGCAUGUCCGUGUCCAGCCAAACGGAUUGCUCCAGCUACUACCAAUGCGAGGGCGCGACUGCAACCUUAAUGAGCUGCUCGAGCGGGCAGUCCUUCGACAAGGACGCGCAGAUGUGUGUGUCAUCCUCGCAGAGCACGUGUGCAAGCAAGACCCAGCCCUGUCUGGGGAAGGCGGUGGGCACCUUCCAGGCGGACAGCAGAUCCUGUGCCGGCUACUGGUACUGCAGUGCCUCGGGCCCCAUCUACGGCAGCUGCCCCACCGGCGAGAACUUCAAUCCCACCAGUAUGGCCUGUGUGUAUGCCUACCAGUACGCGUGCUCGCUGUCGACCGUGGACAACGGCAGCGUGGAGGUGGCUCUCAGUCUGUGCUCCCUAAUCGAGAACGGCUUCUACUUCGGCAGCGCCUCCAGUUGCAGUGGCUGGAACUACUGCCAGGAUAACGUGCUGCACAGCGGCACCUGCCCAAACAGUUUGGUCUUCAACGUGAAUUCACGCAACUGUGGCUACCGCACGAGCACCUCCUGCGCCCAGGUUACCAACGAUCCCACCAUUACCGGAUCCAUAGCCCCAACGACCUGCAACUCGACUGGCGCCACGACGAACGCAACCGCGUGCAACCAGUACUACCUCUGCUCCGGCACCACCAACACCCUGAUGACCUGCGCCACUGGCUUGUACUAUGACACCGUCUCCAAAAAUUGCGUCAGCCGCAUGCUGGCGCUGAAUGAUUGCGAUCGCUGCCUGGGCUCCACCAAGACCUUUGUGAAUGCCUACUCGAACAGCACUUGCUCCCAAUAUCUGUACUGCGUCAAUGGCGUCCAGAAGGCGGUUCAGACCUGUCCCGACAACUACUACUUCAACGAGGAUGACGGCAGCUGCGUCUACGAAACUGAGCCGCAAUUCCCAUUCUGCAAUCCCGAUAAAUUGUCUGGACUGCCAGCCACAACGGCAGCCACAACGGCAGCCACAAACACAACCACAACAAUAACAACGUCAGCUUCUAACUCCACCACUACAACUGCAAAGCCUGCAUAAAGAUUUUGCUUAUCUUAUCAAAUAUUGCAAUUAAAGGAAGCCCCUUGAGUAUUCGA